AUGACGAAGAAAGUGUUCUUAGAUCAGGGAUCUUCGGCAGACAUCAUUUAUGGUGAUGCCUUUGAUCGCCUUGGGCUAAAGGAGUCAGAUUUGAAACCAUAUAAAGGAACACUGGUGGGGUUCAUAGGAGAUUGUGUCAAUUACCCAGCCUGCAACGGGAAGAUUGGCGUCCUCCGCGUGGAUCAGAAUGCAGCAAGAGAAUGUUACCUAAGAAGUGUGGCACUCUACAGGCGAAAGGCCGCCAAAGAUAGCCACCGUAUCACAGAAAUUUUUCCACAAGAAGGGUUUACUUUGGACCCAAGGGAUGACGCUGAUGAUUUCCGCCCACAACCUUUGGAAGAAACUAAAUCAGCGCAAGUCAAGGAUAAGGUUUUAAAAAUUGGCAGCAGUUUGACAAAAGAACAUGAGGAAAGGUUGAUCACCAUUUUGGGUGAUAAUCUAGAUCUCUUUGCUUGGACAAUUAAUGACGUACCAGGGAUUGACCCCAAUGUGAUCACUCAUAAACUGGCUAUACGGCCAGGAGCGAAACCAGUCAUCCAGCCAAGGCGAAGGAUGAGUGAUGAAAAAAACAAGGCGGUGCAAGUAGAAACUGAAAAGUUAAUCAAGGCCCAAUUCAUUCGCAAAGUACAGUACCCAACCUGGCUCGCCAACGUAGUGAUGGUCAAGAAAGCUAAUGGGAAGUGGAGAAUGUGUACGGAUUACACAAGCCUGAACAAAGUGUGUCCUAAAGAUUCGUACCCUCUUCCCAAUGUUGAUAAAUUGACGAACUAUUGUUACAAAACUAUGCCUUUUGGUUUAAAAAAUGCGGGAGCUACUUAUCAACGUCUCAUGGAUAAAAAUUUUGCGAACCAAGUAGGAAGGAACAUGGAAGUAUAUGUAGAUGAUAUGAUUGUCAAAUCCGCCAAGUCUGGCGACCACGGCAAUGAUCUUAAGGAAGCAUUUGCUCAGCUAAGAAAAUAUCGUAUGAGGUUAAAUCCCAAGAAAUGUUCAUUUGGGAUUCAAGGGGGAAAGUUUAUGGGAUUCAUGAUAACAUCAAGAGGGAUAAAGGUAAAUCCAGAUAAAGGCAAGGCGAUCUUGGAGAUGAAAAGCCCAACAAGUGUCAAGGAGGUACAACGGUUAACAGGACGCAUGGCUGCCUUAGCACGUUUCUUGCCAAUGGCAGGCGACAAAGAAGCUCCGUUCUUCACUUGUUUAAAAAAGAAUUCGAUGUUUCAAUGGACUGAGGUGUGUGAACAAGCUUUUACUAAAUUGAAAGAAUCAUUAGCAACAUUACUAGUGCUAUCCAAACCCACGCUAGGCGUUCCUUUGACGCUCUACUUGGCAGUUACAGAUAGGGCGGUCAGUACGGUAUUGCUUCAAGAAGAGGGGAAAAAGCAGAAGGUUAUCUACUUUUAUGAGCCAAAGGGGCAAGUUACAAUCCAAAGCUUGAUUGAUUUCGUGGCGGAAUUAACACCCACGGAAGGCGAGAAAACUCAGGGAGAGUGGGUCCUGUCUGUUGAUGGAUCCUCCAAUGAUACGGGAAGUGGGGCAGGAAUAACUAUUGAAAGCCCGGACAAGAUGGUCAUCGAACAAUCUCUGAAAUUCGAGUUUAAGGCGAGCAACAACCAAUCAGAAUACGAGGCACAAAUCACCGGUUUAAGGCUCGCCAUUGAAUUAGGCGUUCAGAAAUUGUUCAUCAAAGGCGACUCACAGCUGGUUGUUAAACAGGUAAAAGGAGAGUAUCAGGUAAAGGAUCCACAACUUUCCAAAUACUUGGAAGUGGUGCACAAGCUAAUGAUGGAAAUAGAGAAGAUCAGGAUAGAACAUAUUCCAAGAAGUCAAAAUGAAAGGGCGGACGUGCUAGCAAAAUUGGCCAGUACGGGGCGAUUGGGCAAUUAUCAAAUAGUUAUCCAGGAAACCCUUCCUCGCCCCAGUAUUGACUUAGUGGAAGUAAAGUUAAAGGCGGUAAAGGCGGUAACGGAAGGCGAGCCUUCGUGGAUGGAAUCAAUCAAAACUUUUCUCCAAAAUCCAAAGGAUGAUAAUUUGAACACAAAAGAAAAGCGUAGGGAGGCUAGUUUUUACACGCUGGUAGGCAAUGAGUUAUAUCGGCGGGGAAUUAUGUCUCCUAUGCUCAAAUGUGUUGACAUGAGAGAUGCUCAGGGAAUCAUGGCAGAAGUUCACGAAGGAGUAUGCUCUAGUCAUAUAGAAGGGCAAUCAUUGGCAGUAAAGAUAUGGGAAUUGAAAUGA